UCAAGCCAUCCAUCACCACAAACAUACAUACCCUUAAACCAAAACCCACCUCUUUUUAUCAUCUUCCUUCUUCCCCUUCAAACACCCAUAUUUUUACUUCAUUUUUCAAUAAAACCCAUUUCAUAUUUUUACUUAUGUCUUCUUCUAUAGCAAGAUUAGAACCAAAUCUUUCCUUUAAUAGCAAUACUUUUCCUUUUACAAACCUUAUGAACUCUUCUUCCUCUUUCACUGAUUUUUUUGCUACUACUACUAAUGAUGGAUUAGAGAGUGAUUAUCAUAAGCAAAAGAAUACUAAUAAUGAUCAUCAAGAUGAUAUAAAUAGUAAGAAUAAUUGGCAAGGGUUUGAUCAAUUAAUUGAAGUUCCCAAAUUUAAAUCUUUGGUUCCUUCUUCUAUUUCUAUUUCUGAUAAUACUUCUACUCCUUUUUUGAACACUCCUAAUGCUUUUAGCCCUUCUAUCUUCUUGGAUUCCCCUCUUCUCAAUAAUUUCCCUUCUCCAACUAUAGGAGCUUUUGGUGGUGAGAGUUACAAUUGGACAAAUUGUAAUGACAAUAACCAACUUGAUGCUAAAAAUGAAGGAAAAAACACCACUUUUUCUUUUGAUACUCAAAACCCUUCAAAUGAAGGAUGGAGUUUAACUGAACCCAAGAAGGAAAAUGAGAUGAUUAACAACCAACAAAUCACAUCAAAAUCUGAGUUUAAUGCUCCUAAUCAAAUCAUGCCCGUAGAAAUGAACAAUAUUCAGACAGAUUCCAAUAAUAUGCACACAAACUUCAACAACAAUCAACAUCCAAUAGUUCAGAUGAACAGAGCACAAAAAAGAGCAGAAGAUGGAUAUUGUUGGAGAAAAUAUGGGCAAAAACAAGUUAAGGGGAGUCAAAAUCCUAGGAGUUAUUACAAAUGUUCGUACCCGAAUUGUCCUAAGAAGAAGAAAGUCGAAAGAGCUCCUGAAGGUUAUGUUACCGAGAUUGUUUAUAAGGGAAGUCAUAAUCACCCGAAACCUCAGCCUGGUAGAAGAUCGUCUUUGCAAAGUGAUUGUGCGAAUGGGUUUGAUGGUUCGGAUAGGCCUAAUGCAUCGAGUAUUCAGGCACAGAACGAGUACUCGAACUUUAAUACUCCCGAAACCUCUUCUGUUUCCCUCGAGGAGGACGAUGAGUUUGAUCAGAGUUCUGCGAUGAGUAAAUCGGUAAAGGAGGAUGAUUAUGAACAACCCGAAUCCAAAAGAUGGAAAGGAGAGAAUGAAGGGGAAGUCAUGUCAGGAUAUGGUAGCAGAACAGUUAAGGAACCAAGAAUAAUUGUUCAAACAACUAGUGAAAUUGAUAUUCUUGAUGAUGGAUUCAGGUGGAGAAAAUAUGGGCAAAAAGUAGUGAAGGGAAACCCUAAUCCUAGGAGCUAUUACAAAUGUACCAGUGCUGGUUGCUCGGUGAGGAAGCACAUCGAGAGGGCAUCGCACGACACAAGGGCGGUGAUCACAACCUACGAGGGGAAACACAACCACGACGUUCCUGCAGCUCGUGGUAGUGCAAGCUACAACAAUGCCCCAAUUUCAGUUAGGCCAUCGGCUAUAAACAGCCAACCUAACCAGCUAAUCAGCCUAAGGUCAAUCAAUAAUGACAUUACGAGCACCUCGAGGCCAGAAGCUCGACAGGCACCUUUCUCCGUACAAAUGCUGCAGAGCAGUAACAACUUCGGUUUUUCAGGGUUCGGAAAUGCUUCAGAAACCAAGGAAGAGCCGAUCGAUAGCAUGUUUUUGGACUCGUUUCUUCGUUAAAUUUCAUGAAGAAAAUGAAAUAUAGGGUUUUAACAAAUAGGUGUAGAAUCAUGUACUUCUUGAAUGUAUAAAUCUAUACUAGUCUUUCUACUCUAAAAGAUCAUAGGUUUCACAGAAUAAGCAUAGUUAGAUCAUUUAUUUAUUUGUUGAAAGGCCCUAAGUUUAUAAAGCUUCCAAGGCCUAUUCAAGAUUUUAGUCAUGUGUAUUAUUCCUCUGUUCAAUAAUAUUAAAGCUUCUUCCUUUACUUUUCUAAA